UAAGUUUGACGCGUUUACCAAAGCAUUGAUUAAGUGGAAAAAAAAUAACGUGAUCAGACGUAAGCAAAAUAAAUAGCUAAUGUUUUUAGAUUAACGCACUCAAGAAUUAAACGUAACACUACCUCGUUCAUACGGGUGUAUAUGUAUAACCAGCCUUACGUGAAUCCUUCCCAAGUUAUAUCGCUAUAUGUUUAAAGACACAUUUCUCAGCCGAAGACGGAUCUCCGAGCAGAAGCGGGAUAUUUGGACGUUCAUGGCACACUGAGUCGAGCGCACCAUGACCGCUGAGCCGGAUGCGUUGGCCGUGGUUAACCAGCUGCGGGACCUGGCCGCCGACCCACUCAACCGGCGAGCGAUCGUCCAGGAUCAAGGCUGUCUGCCCGGUCUCAUCCUUUUUCUAGACCAUCCCAACCCCCAGGUGGUGUACUCUGCCCUUCUGGCCGUUCGUUACCUGGCAGAAUGCCGUGCCAACCGAGAGAAGAUGAGGGGGGAGCUGGGCAUGAUGCUGAGCUUGCAGAACGUCAUGCAGAAGACGACGACCCCCGGUGAGACCAAGCUCCUGGCCUCCGAGGUGUACGAGCUCCUGCAGGCGGCGGGCAGCGCCGCGGACGACCAGCCCGAGGGCGGGGCCUCCUGCCGGCGCAAGGCCCAGUUCUUCCUGGGCACCACCAACAAGCGUGCCAAAACCGUGGUGCUGCACAUCGACGGCCUGGACGACUCGAGCCGCCGCAGCCUGUGUGAGGAGGCCCUGCUGAAGAUCAGGGGCGUCAUCAGCUUCACCUUCCAGAUGGCCGUGAAGCGCUGCAUCGUCCGCAUCCGCUCCGACCUGAAGGCCGAGGCUCUGGGGUCGGCCAUCGCCUCCACCAAAGUGAUGAAAGCUCAGCAGGUGGUGAAGAGCGAGGAUGGGGAGGAGGUGCUGGUGCCGUUCCCCGAGGACGGCCCGGUGGAGGUGGAGCAGAACACGGAUCUUCCGGACUACCUGCCGGAAGAGGAGAGCCCCUCCCAGGAGCCGGACAAGGCGGUGUCCCGCGUGGGCUCCGCCCAGGACGGCGUCGGCUGGCUCAACACCGCCGCAAACUUUUUAUCCCGCUCCUUCUACUGGUGACGAGCUGGCUGCCAACCUCGCCCCUUUCGCAGACCCCGCCCACCCACCCCGCCCUCCUCACUCCUUGCCCAAUCACUCAAUAACUUGUACUGCGAUUGGCUGCCUGUCUGUCUGUCUGUGGAGUGCAGGACUGCAAGGAGCGACUCUGAAUAAACUAGCAGGAUGGGAAAAUGAGCUAGAACAACAACCGGCAGAACACACACAUGCACACACGCACACACACACAUCCUCGCACAUGCGUGCAAGCACGCACACUUUUAUCCUCAGCUCACAGAACUGAAAACAUCAGCUGAUGAGAACUGGGUUCAGAAGUGGUUUCUUAAUUUUUUUUUUUCCUAUUAAUCUCUCUUUUUUUUUUUUUAAACUUUUUUUUUGGUGGAGGGGGGCGCGGUAGGUGUUGAAUAAAUAUCCACAUUCCGCUCUCUGGUUCUGAAACGGGUCCAUCUUUUUCUAAAAACGAAGCGCAAGAGAAAACCAAAGGGGCCCACGCUGGUGCUUUUCCAGUGGAGAUCCCACCCCCAUCCUGGCUGCAGGCUCCGCCCACAGGCACAAACCGCCCAGGGCGGAGCUGCACUUGUUAACUUCACGAGCUCCAUUUUCCUUUUUGUGUUCGCCUUUGCCUGAUACCUCUGAAAUUAUUUUACAUUUACAUUUUUUUUCUCUACCUUUUUCCCCACGCUGGAUCUUUCCUUAAUUUAAUUUCCAUGCUGUAAAACCCCGUGUCUCAUGGUUGCUGCCUUCUCUUUGGGUUUACGGUUUUCGCCCACUUUUGUCGUGUGUGCCUUUUGGAAUCCUGG